AGAAUACCAGUACAUGUAUGGGCGAAAUAUUCUUUAUCGUGUCCACAGACAAUGGUCUGCACAUGGGUUUAAUAACCUCUUUCGGUAAUUCUAAGGCCCUACUUGCCAAGGAAUUGGAAUCUUCUUGGAUCUUCCCUGUGCAAGUGAAGCUCAGGGACUUAGUAAGAGUGUGGAGACCUGGCCAAAUAUCCCGGCAAGAUGGCGACAACACAGGACAGUAAUGGCACUUCCUGAAAACUUUGUCAAGAUUAAAAGGAAGACGAAUCUAUACCUACUUCUAGCUUGGUUAACCUUUUCCUGCUCUCCAGUUGGAUAAAUCGAGUCACUGAAAGGGAAGAAGAAUCCCUCUGUGUGCAAAAUGACACUUUUAAGUACGAAGCCCGUUUCUUGGUCUUAUUCUGUGACAACAUUAGGGACCGAAAUGCUAAGUUCUGUCUUCAGCUUCUACUACGUGAAGCUGUUUUUGCACGUGUACAAGACUUCAGAAGUGGCCUUUGUCCAAGCCCAGAUAAUUUUAAUGAUCUGGAAUGUCCUUAAUGACCUGAAUGGGUAUUUUCACAGCAACUCGAAGGUCAACUGCUGUUCCUACCGCCACAGCUGUGUUUUGUAUGGUGCCCCUUUCUGCGCGCUGGCCUUCCUGCUUCCUUGGUUCCCUUGGAAACACUAUAGCGAAGGUGACUGGCUCAGUGGACUUCACCUGAUGGUGUCCUUAUGUGCUUUUGACAGCACGCUCACCUUCGUCCAGCAAGCCCAGUGCGCCCUGUUUGUGGAGAUUUUCACUAGACACGAAAGUCAGCUUCCGCUUAUGAAAAUUAACCAGACAGCCGCACUCGUGGCCUCCACCAGCAUCCUCUUCUGUGGCCUCCUCUCUGACAAUCUGGAAAUUCUGCUCAAUUUUCAGGCCGCUGCCAUUGGCAUUGCCAUCCUCGCGGCUGCCAGCCUUUACACCGGCAUGUACCACCUGCGGCGCUUCGAGCCCAAAAGAAGCCCCAAGGAAAACUUUUUCUCAGAAAGUGAACAGGAACUCCCCUGGACCUCCGUCAUCUCACAGAUGAGACAAAUCCUGACCCAGAAAAACUUCUGCCUCUUUCUGAUAAUGAAUUUCUUCCAAGUCUUCCACUUAACCUUCCUCCGUAACUUCAUGAUGAUCUUCGCAGAGGGUCUCAUUCCCGGAGAGGUUCUGCCCUUCAGGAGCGUCUGGUACGGGGCGGGUUUUAUCUGCCCACAGUGCUUUGUCCUUAUGAGCCAGUCCUGGCUGAAGAAGUUUGGCUACUAUAAAAUCAUCUUAAUUUCUUUCUACCUGGAAGGAACGGCCUCCAUUGUCAUGCUGCUUCUUGGACAGCGACACCAUUACUUCUUGGCUCUUUAUCUCACUGCUGUCAUGGUGAUCGUACAAGCUUCUUUUUGUUUAUUCAACCUGCCACUAGCUGACAUCGUUGAUGCAGAUUUAUUGAAGUUCAGUCGUCAGUCACCCCUUUCCUCGGUGGUCUUCGGCACCAAUGCUUUGUUUACCAAACCCGCGCAGUCUUUAGCUCCCAUGGUGAUGCUCUCUGGGCUAAAGCAGUAUGGAUAUGGAGACUCGAAUGAAAGGUAGAGUGUGAAACGAAACAAACCUUCGAAAUAACGCGAAAGAAAGAGGAAAGCAAACUCAGCCUUUUUCGAUGACGACUAGGCAAUUGUCUUAGACUUUGGAUAUUAUUAGUCAAUAACUCAGAGCUUGCGUGAGCUAUAAUCAAAAGGGCUAAUGAUGUCAAGAGGACUUUAGUAAGAGUAUCUUUAAGGGUAUUCUUG